UAUUCAACAAGACUCAGCUCGUAAGUCGUUUUUCUUCGAAAUGGUCACCGCACAUAUUCGACGAUUCUUUCACGCUGUUCAUGAAGGCUUCAACGACCUGGAAGAUAAGGUCUAUGACUUCUUCCAUCGAUCAAAGUAUCCUGUAAUUAUCAAUGCAGUUUCUACACAACACCCUGGUCACGGGUGUUGAUAAGCAAGUCAAUUUCAAUCGAAACACCUAAAGCUAACGACUGCCAGGUCCCCGUAGCCAUGCUCGAGAUCAAGGCGCUCAGUGACUUUCUCUCUCGGAAUGCCCACGAGAUAUAUUCGCCUGUCAUCUUCGUCAUGUCGCCAAACGGCACUCUCAUCGCCUACAACACUCCAGUGGAGGAUAUCAAAGCUCUCCGUAGCCGCGCCGCCAUCGUCUCAAUGGUCUGGAACGACAGGAGCUACCUUGUCCAGCAGGGUGCUUCACACCCAAAUCCGACUGAAGACUCCGACGCCAGCAUCAGUGGCCCGGAGCUCGAAAAUCUCACGAUCGAGGCGGAGGACGCCAACAUCUUCGCCUGUAGUGUCCAGAAGGGGCUAAUUCUUGUCAUGGAGGGCGUUGCGCCACCAGGCCGCAAGGCCAUGUGGAAGGUGACCCCAGAGGUCGCCGGUGCCCCAAGAUACCCUCUUUCCGGCGCAUCUGGCAGGGAGGCCGCGCUGCUCGACAAGCAGCGCAGCAAGGUCGAGGGCAUGGUGGCGCACUUGCGCGAGGACUUUGCCGAGUCCGGCUUUGUCAUGCCGGACGGCAGCGCGUUUGUGUGAUCUUUGGGUGGGAGAAAUCGGGGUCAAAGCAUGGGGCAUGGCGUUCUCGGGUGGCUGGAUAAGCAGGUUUAAUGAUACCAAUUGAAUGGAAUACUGGUUGCGCGUC